CCUACCAUUAAAAUUAUAGACUGAUCAUUUCUUUGUCAGUGGGCAAACGUACAAAAUCAGCAGGGGAUCAAAUACUCUUUCCCUCACUGUAUAUAUGAUGCGCCGAUUAACCCCCAAACCAGGUUUUGAUGUCACACCCCUCUGCUUGCGAGCCGAUCACUGUACUGCUGAGCCUCCAAGUCGGCUAAGCCAAGGUGUCAAACGCUGGCUCGUGCCAGUAACGUAAUCCCGCUCGCGGCUCGCGCUUUGCGGAGGCUGGAGGGUCCGGUGGCCGUGUUUGGCACUCUAUCUCUGGGGCUUUUACUGAGGUCGUUGUGUUGCUAGGGCCGUUGCUAUGGCGGCCGCGGUUCCUCCCGCUCUACCCGGCGUGGACUCCGCCUCAGGUUGUGCGCGGUGCCGGCACUUGCUUCCUCCGGCGGCGAUGAACUUGAUCGAGUGCGACGUUUCGGCUCGGUGAUUCAACCGCUAAUUCCAAGAACGCACACGCGCGCACCUUCCUGUUGCGGGACUUAUCCACUAAUCUGCUUAUUCGCCGCGUGAGGCCAUGCGUGGUGGUUUCCACAUUUAGGUACCCGGUGAAUUUUCGUUGUUAAUGAAGCUGAGUUGGUUAUUUUACCAGUGUGGCCGAGAAUUAACCAAACCUCCAAAUGCAGCACUGUUCUUCUGAAAAGUACAAGUUGUCGAUUUAAAACGUUUUGUGCAGGAGUCGUGACGUGUUGGCUACGUGUUUGUCCAUCGACCCCGAGGUCGCCCUUGCAAACCAGAUCUCCGUCCAUUUCAUGGGAUAUUCCAGGGGACAUGUUUUAACAAAUGAUAAAUUAACAGACCCACUGAGGUCUUCCUGGAUAAGUACUUUUUGUUGGUGGAGUUGAUAGGCCCGUCAUCGCUAUUGGCAUGAGAUAUGACACCCGUCCGUGUGGCCAUCCAAGAAUGCUUCACACAUUUACACAAACUACAAAAGGCAAGUGCUUUGAAUAUCAUCGGAGAGCUUGCCAGCACCAAUACCCAGAUGUGUGUGGGUUUUUGGGCAGGACAGGCAGUGGAAUAGUGUCACAUGAGCAUUCCAGUGUGUAAAACACAUGUGGCGUUACGCUGCAAUCUGAUACGAGUGGACUGGCUUGCCCAGCUUGUAGUGUUUCUCAUUUCUGCUAGGCUUUGCAUGUCUGGUGCGGAAGUGGUGAAGUAUGGGUCUAGGUCACUUGUCUCGGUUGGCGUCUGUGGAUGCGUGGCGGAGAGGGCACAGGGUGCCACGUGGCAUCCCCACCAGCCCCCCCCCCCCUAUGCUUAUGAUAAAUGUAUGGAUUUGUCUGUCGCAAUUGAUUGUCUGAAUAGUGUGUGUACAUAUUAAGUGUUAAUUAUUUACACUCCUUAAACGAAUUGAAUUAAAAUGAGCAUUAGAAAGAGGAACACAUGGAAUUGGAGAACAUGAAUCAUAUGGAGACAUAACGUUGACUGUUGAGGAACAUAAGCGGCCUUGCACGUCACCGCUAGAAGGGACGAUGGCCAUGGCAGGCGAGACUCGCGAUGGAGCGGCAACCAAGGGCGGGAACGUGCCCGGGAGUACGCACACCGGGGAGACGGUGCUCUUGUGAAAUCGUCUCGCAUGCGGGUGCCGGAUGGAAACUGUGAUAGAUGGCGAUGGCUUGGGGGGGGGGGGGGGGGGGGGGAGUGAGGCGUUCGUCCAGCAGUGGAUAGAGCAUGGCUGGUGAUGAUGAAAAGGAAUUGGAAAAUCAUCUCCUUGUAGGACCCUCCUGAAAAAGAGUCUUGGGACUUUUAUUGAAUAGUUAAUUCACGAACGAUUGGUUCAUGGCAACCUGGCAGCCAGCAUGGAUUCUACACAUCACAACAACAACAGCAGCAGCAAUAACAACGCUCUGAAUUCAUACAAUGGCAGAAUGCAGUCCCAAGACGGUUUGACAAACAUGGAGAACAAAUGCCACGUGAGCCAAACAAUAUAAUCAAUUUGUAAAUCAGAUCGUAAGUCACACCGUGUAGGGGGGUGAGUUACUUCAUCCCUUUUUGGGGGGUGCUGGUCAGCACACGCUGGCAAAGUCGUGGCGCCCAUCCCCUGCUCCCCCCACUCCUCCAUCCCUUUGAGUGUUCGUGGGGGGGGGGGCGUGGGGUGGGCGGGUGCUGGAGUUGCCGAUGCUCGUGGUGAGGAAGUUUGGAGAUCCGCGUCGAUACGAAACAGGAAGUGGUGAAAGGCAGAGAGACGAUGUGCCAUGACCCCCAGAUAGAUACACCGAGUGUCUUAAAUAAUGAAAACAUUGUACUUGUAAUGCCAUGUGUUCACCAGCACGGUGAUGUAUGGUCAAACAUAUGUCAUGACGACAAAGCAUGGGAAGACUUAAUCCAGCACUGGAUUAAUAAAGGGAUGAGAAUAAUAAUUCCCUUUCUAUUCCUAGGAAAGACUGAGUCUCAAGAUUCCUUUUUAAAGACUAUCUUGCUACUUUUGGAUGUUUAGCCAAUUCCAUUUUGAGUUUUUGGCCUCGUAUGGGAGCAAACCCAACGCAGCGUUGUUACUCUCAAACCUCCACACAGAUAGUUUUAAGAAUCCAUUGCUCUACUGCCAUCAUGUGGCCACUUUGCUGCCCUAGCCUGCGAUGUCGGCUAUUCCUCGGCAGUCUCUCAUGCACGUAUUAGCCAGACCGAAGCGUGCUAAGCUUGUGAAAUCUGACGAGAUCGGACACCUAUCCAGGGUGCUUUUUGGGUGGUUGGGGGAAUUUUUGAAUUUUGUUUGCCGGGCGUUGCCGCUACUGGCGCUGGUACGCGGAAUUUUGGACAGCACUGGGGAUUUUGGUUUUGACGGUGGCUCCUUCGGAACUGAUGAGUGUACAUCCGUGCCAGAAGAAAGUGGGGGGGUCGUGACCUGACGGAUGGAUUUUAUACCAGCGCCUUCGUGUCACCGCACACUGCUGUUAGCGGGCUGGUCAGUCGGAGGGGCUAACGACAUGGGGGGGGGGGAGCGAACGAGCACUCCGCACGUCCAGCUCCCCUGGCAGGUCCGCUAAAAUGGCCCCGAUGACUCCGCCUUUCUGGGAACACAAUGGCCAGUACCAAGUCCCGCGAGAGAGGCGGGAACGGCGAGACCGAGCCCGCUCGCUGGCUCGUUGAACAUCGGAUUCAGUCGGCAAACAAAGCCGCUGCGCGUUUCUGGCGUGAUGCAUUUUCCUCCGAUUGUUACCCCUUGCUCCGCAUAAGCAUUUGCCGAGUCUACUCGUUGCUUUUACAGCGGUGUCACUCACACUACGCUUCCCCUUUGCUGGGAAAUGGUUGGGUCCGUGGAGGGAGGGAGGGAGGGGUGUGAGUGGAGGGGGCAGAGAACACGAGCUGCUGCUGCUGCCACAUCACAGUGCUGGCCGUUUUUCUACAGUGGUGCAGAGCGGCUAACUGUACCGGCCCGCCAGGGCUGUGAGCCGGUGCACCUGUGACCACCUUGACGUGCCAGGCGGCAGCUACCCACGUGGUGCGUCAGGUGGUAGGGGACGUAGUGUGUGUGCGUGUCACGGUGUCACGUGGUACUGCACCUGGCGAUAUCACCACUGCCCGAUAACCUGCAGUGACACCGCAAUCCGCGCCGAGCGGCAGUGAUCACCAAGAUCCGGGUGCUGCUAAAAGAAGCGCCAGCUGGGGGGGAGAGGAAGAGGGAGGGAAGAGGAGGAGGUAAUUACCGCCGCUGUCUCCACCACCACCACCUCGUCCUGUCCACUCGGAGUGAGCGUGGGUUCAAGCUGGAGUCAGUUCGCAAGCGCUUAGGGCAACGAGGACAGCGAUCUGCGUUGUCACCGAGCCUGAAUCACCACCGUUGCUAGGAGGAUUCACCGGAUCACUUCUCACCGGCCUGCCACCGCUCCCCUCACCGCCCCGAGACGACGCUUGAUACGUGGCUGUUGGAUUAGGAACACGAGCUGCACUUGCAGCGAUGUCAUGAGCCGGGUUGGCUCGGCGGACAAGCGGGAGCGUGUGGGGGGCUCAGCAGACAAGUGGGAGCUGCUGGAGGCCGCUGUGUGGAGUCAAACCCAAGGGAGGUUGCGUCGGCUGAACCCUAAAUUGGCCGGCGCUGUCCGGCGCAGCUCGGUGUUAAAGGAACUCGACGGAGCUGACUCAAAGGCGCAAGCCCGGAUCUCAUUUUGGUGCCGUCACUACCGGGGCAUGCGUUGUUGAGGGGCGCCGUGAAGACGGGAGUCGCCGGGUGACGAGGAGAGGGAGAAUUGCUGCGCCACCUCAUCACGAGUCGCCAAUUUGCCGCGUUUCUCUGCGGGCACCUCAUUUAGGAAGCCUCGUGAGCCGUUGCGUAACGAGGAGGCUCGCAGCAUUCCCAAUGCGCGCGCUUCGUGGGAGCCAGGUGUCUCCUUUGAUGUGUUAAUUUGUGUUAAUUAUAAACGUGGUAAGGGGUGGGGACUUGACACGAGCGAGAGAAGGGGGUGUGGCCAACUGGCGUUCUAAACAACGACCCCUCACGCUAAAGGAUUAAAUUUGCACCGAGCGACAACACCCCGGGUGGAUCAACCACGACGCCCAACUCACUGCCCAGCGGUUAGCACGUGGACGGUGUUGCCAGCCGGGUAGAUGAGAGGUGCGCGUGUCAGCGAACAAGCGACUGAGCCGCCGGUGCAGGUGAACGGCUGCACGGGUGCGUAGGUCGGAUCUCGUACGUUCGCCGUCUUGCUUGGGACCAGUUUGGCUGGCGUGGUGCGUGCCAUGGCGCCGAUCGGAUCGUGCCGUGUGUGCGGGCGCAAGCUGCAAGGCAAGCAGCGGCGAUGGCUGUUCCGGGGUCCUCGCGUCCCACCAGGCCGCCCUCCCUCCUCGCCCGGCCCCCCCGGAUCCCCCGCGGCCCCCCCGCGCCGCCCGGAGCUGCACGUGGCGCUGGCGCACGUGACACGUUGCCCGGUGCGGCCCGGCGAUGGCGCCUCGCCCUUCGCCUGCUCCAAGUGCGCCUUCAUGCUAGAGCGCGUGUACCGCUACGACGCGGUGGGGGCGCGCGUGCAAGCGCUGUCCCUGCAGCACCUGCGCCGUCUGCUGCGUGAAAAGGAGCAGCUGGUGCAGUGCCUGCUGCACCUUUACGGCCGCACGCAGGGCCCCAUCGACGGCACCGUCGGUGACGGCGUGGCGCUGGCGGACGCCCGCUACGACGCGCUGCUCCGUGCCGACCUGGAGCUGUCGGCGUUCGAGUGCUGGGCGGAGCCGGGACCCGACACCUCCGACGGGCCGCCGUGCCGCGGCCGGCGCUGCGCCUGCUGCUCCGGACUGCGCGUGCCAGACUGGGGCUACGAGUCGGUGUGCGGCGUGCCACGCCGGCUGCAGCACGGAACCAACGUCGGUGCCGCCGCAACAUUCAACGGUGCCGUUUCACCGAGCGGCGAGGAAGACGACACCGAGGAUUGCUGCUCAGCAUCCGUGCUAGUCUCGGCGAGCGUGUGCAGUGACGGCGCCGGCAGUGAGGUGGCCCCGUUUCUCAUCGUGCCGGAUCAGGAAGAAUCGCCUUUCUGCCGAGACGAUGGUAGUUUUCUGAAUUCCACGGACCUAUCGAAGGCCUCAUCUGCUGGGGAGCUGGUGCCCGAUGGGGCGAUCCCCUCUCAUGGAUGCCCCUUACUGCAGGGGGAGCACCACUCCACCACCUUCAGCAGUCGCUGCUUGUGCCGCGACUUAGUCAACUCCACACAGGCUCCUUUGUCCCUGGCGGAUAACCCGGACCCUGGGCCCUGUCCCCUGUCAGAGGUGCUACGUGCCAUGAGGGACAUCGGAUUCAGGCCGGUGCGUGGCGCCCCCGGGAGCCGGCUGCCAGUGCUGGUUAGGCUGCCCACCGUCGUCUCCGCCACGAGGGGCAGUCCCCCUGCGCCGAAUGCCCCCAAACACACGCCAUCCCCGGCGCCCCCCUCCGUGCCCCCGCCGUGCUUUCGCCGGCUGGGCGCUGACGACGAUGACGACGACGAUGACGACCGGUGUAGCCUCUACGAGGAGCUGAUUGAUGACCUCUGUGAAGAGUAUUUGCCCUUCCAGUGCAAGAAGAUGACCGAGGAGCAGGAGGAGGAGGCCGGGCGGCUUCAGCGCUCUGCCGGGGAGAUGGCGGCCGCGUUGGCGAAGGCGCAGGCGGAGGCAAGGGACCUGCAGGAGCACGUACGCCAGCUGGAAAGUGCCGGCAAGGAACUGCAGGAGAAGCUGACGGAGACGGCGUCGGAGCUGCGAACGCAGGAGCAGAACGCGCUGAAGCGAGACCGCGCCAUACAGGGCCUCUCGCUCGCCAUGAAGGCCAAGGACAAAGAGAUCUCGGAGCUGUGCGAGGAGUUGGAGAACCGCGACGCGGCGCUGGUGAAGGCGCGUGACGCCACGCACAAGGCCCAGCUGCAGAAGUUCCACGGAGCGGAGGAACAGCACGCCCUGCUUACGCAGAAGGAGGAGGAGCUGUGCGAGCUGCGCGCGGCCACGCAGCGCUCGCUCACCGAGACACAGCGUGCCCAGCGGGCGCUGUGCCGUGCCGACGAGCGCCUUGCUGACGCCACGGCGCAGAGGGAUUCCGCUGAGGAGGAGAAGGAGGGCGCCGUACUGGAGCGCCAGCGUGCGGAGCGGGGCGUGCAGGAGCUGCGCUCGGAGCUGGAGCGCGCAAAGCGCGAGCGGCGUGAGCGGGAGCUGGAGCUGGUGCAGGAGCAUGAGUCGCACCGGCGCGACUGUGAGCACCGUUUGGCGUCGCACGAGUUGCUGGUGCGUAGGCUCACCGACAGCCUGGCUGACCGCGACCGCCUGCUGCAGGAGUACACGGAGCUCCUACGAGGCUCGGACCAGCUCCCCGACGGGAAGGGCGCCCUCAUCGCCGCCCUGCAGCAGCGACUCAACGAGCAGCACAAGCUGCUGGAGAGAGCGGACGAGGCGAGGAGCGCGGCCCUGCAACACAAGGAAGCGGAGAUUGUGGAGCUGCGGCGGGAGCUGGCGGAGCGCUCGCUCGACCUGGAGCGCCUGCGUGCCCUCCUCGCCGGCAAGGACGAGACGAUCCAGGGUCUGGACGAGCUGAUGCGGGAGCGCGACGCGGAGCUGCAGAGGCUGGCGUCGGCGCUGAAGGAGACGCGACGCGCACGCGACGAGGCGGGGGAGGCGCUGGACGGCUCACUGGCGGACGCGGAGCGGGCCCGCGCCUUGCUGGCGCAGCGCGAGACCGAGCUGGAGGUGGCGCGCCAGGCCCUGCUGGAGCGGGCCGAGGUGGGGGCGCAGGAGCUCGUGCGCCGGCUCACCGAGAGCCUCGCCGACAAGGAACGUCUGCUGGAGCAGGCGCGGUCCGAGGGGGGGCGCCCAAGCGGCGACGCGCCGCGCGAGGGCCGGCGGCUCGCCGAGCUGCUGGCGCAGCUGCGCGACAAGGAGGAGUGCCUGGAGGCCGAGCGCGCCGAGCGGGCGUGCCAGCAGCGGGAGAUGGAGCAGCUCCGGCGCCGGCUGGCAGAGGUCGGGGGAGAGCGGUGGACGGAGAGGGAGGGAGACGCGGAGAGGGUGAAGGAGGAGGAUCCGGGCCGGGAGACGUUGACGCACGUGGAGCUGGGACGACUCCAUGCCGUGCUGCAGGAGAAGGACUCCAUCAUCCAUAGGCUGGUGGAGAACGGGCAGGAGAAGGACCGGCUGCUCACCCUGGUGCAGGCACCGCCCCGGACGCUGGAGCUAAAGCAGACGCUGCGCAUCUUGAAGGACGAGCGGGACAAAGAGACCCGGCAGAAUUUGUUGGGCGAGGAGGAGGAGGAGGAGGACGUCGAGGAUGAUGUGAGCUGUGACGAGGAGGAUGAGGAGGACGAGGAGGAAGAGGAGGGAGGUGACGAUGACAAGACUGUACCGCCCCGCGCCGUUCGGAGGCAGGCGGGCCCCGCGGGGGAGCGAGCGGCCCUCCGGCAUCUGCUGGUGCCGUCCCCCGAGGCCUCGCGGUCCCAGGGAGCGCUUCGGCCAACGCAGGAGGUGGAGAUCUUGAACAAGGAGGUGGAUCGGCUGACACAGGAAGUGCACCGGCUGACACAGGAAGUGCUGGUUCUGCGAGUGCGGAGUCCAAGGAACCUGGUCGGAGCAAAACCGGAUACCGGCAGCGACGCCCACGAACUCCUCCUGAUGGAGCAGGAACAGGAGGGUCGGAAGCUGCAGCAGCUGCUGCACGCAGAACAGCAGGUGUACCAGCACCUGGCUGCCCUGCCGCAGCAUGCGGACAGCCGCAGCCUGCAGGAGGAGCUGGCACGCGUGCGGACGCUGCGACUGCAGCUGCUGGACGGGCUGCGCGCCAAUCGCGAGCUGCGUCACAACCUGGAGGAGCUGUCGCGCGAGCUGGAGACCUCGCCAGGUGUCUCUGCGAGGCGUGAGCUGGCGCUGGAAGUGGAGCGCUUGCGGCAGCAGCUGGAGGAGUCGCAGCGGUGGAACGCAUCCCUCCAGGGACGGCUCGGGCUCCACAUCGCUAACAACGACACGGCCCGCACAGACAGUCUCGUGAGCGGCUGGAAUCAGACGUCGUACAUGAGCUUCCAGCUGAUGGAGCCGGAGGGGCUGGAGGAGGAGCUGCUCGCACUGCCGCUCGCCGAUCUCCGUAACAAGGCCCUGCAGCUCACAGCGCAGCUCAAAGAUAUGCACUUGGCCAAUCAGGAGCUGGAGCGAAAGGUCGGGGAGCGCGAGUUGGCCAAUCAACUCGCGAGCUGCCGUCUGGACGAGGCGGAGAAUGAGAAGAAAAAAAUGGAGGACGAGGUGAGGGCGACGAGGAGGAGGAUGGAGGAGGUGGAAGCGACGACGAGAAUGAAGGAGGCGGAGGCGACGAGGAGGAUGGAGGAGGCAGAGGAGGCACUGAGGGAGACGACGCAGUCCCAUCGGCGGCUGGUGCUGGGCUCCGAUGGCAGCGACGGUGACGCGGUGGCGCUGCUGGAGAAGCAAGUGGAGGGGCUCCUGGCCGACCUCGCCGGCACCCGAGCGCAUCUGCGAGACGCGGAGGAGCGCUGGCGCCAGGCGGCGACGCGGCUCGAGGAGGUGGGCGCCCAAAACGACGAGCUGGAGCGGGAGCUGGAGGGCGUCACGGCGUGUUUGGAGGAGGAGGGUUUCCUGUCCUUCGACGAUUUGCGGGAGGAGCUGCGGCGGCUCCAUCGCAGUCAGAAGGCACGUGAAGGGAAGGAAGGAGCGGCGCGGAUCUCGGGAGCCACCACGGAGGACGUGGACGCCAGCGGGAAGCCACCGGCACCCAAGCCGGCCGAGCUGGUGCAGCGCCUGAGCGAUGCCGAGCGCGUCAACGAGCUGCUCCGGCGCCAGCUGGAGAUGAACACGAGCGUCGACGGCGACAGCAGCUUCAACCCCGACCUCAUUGUGGGCAUGGCGUGCGAGAUCGAGCGCCUCAACGCGGAGCUCGGUGCUAUCCGGCAGCACCAGCUGUCGGCCGAAACGGACCGGCACACGUCCUCCUCCGUCGACCGGAGCGAAGGCGGCGCCGCCUCCGGCGAGGAGCCGGUGUCACCAGCGUCACCGUUGUCACCGCUGUCAGAGCCGCCACCCUCACCGUCGCGCGUCGUGGGGUCAAAGGCCGGACGGAAAUCGCGGCUGCCGGUCCCCAAGAGGCUGAAUGUCUCGGCGGCAGUAGCGGCCGCCCCUCCUCCAGCCCGCCGCUCCGCUCAGUCCGAUGCCCUCUCGUCUCCAACGAGCGGUCACGCGAUGCCGUCCGAAGGUCACGUGAUAAUAUCCGGAGAUCACGUUAUUCCAACCGGAGGUCACAUGACAUCGGUUGAAGGCCAUGUGAUGCCGGUCGGAGGUCAUACGCCACCGGCAGGAAGUCACGCGACACCGGCAGGAAGUCACGUGACACCGGAUGGAACUCACGCGACGGCGAUCGGAGGUCACGCGGCACCGGCCGGAGGUCACGCGGCACCGGCCGGAGGUCACAUGGCUUCGGCCGGCGCACGCGCUACGACCCCGGGCGGCGCCGACGCGGCUCAGCGCGAGGGUGGCGCGGGGCGGUGCGAGGCGGACUCCUCACAGGUGGAGUUGGAGCUGGAGCACAUGCGAGCGGCGCUGGAGGACUACAAAAAGCAGAACCGCGUGCUCGAGGAGCGGCUCCUGCUGGCGAACAAGGCAGCGGCACCACCAGGGCUACUCGCACCGCCACCGAGCGGAGAGGCGAGCCUGGCCUGCAAGGGAGUGCAGGUGGAGGUGCAGGACCUGGGCUAUGAGACGUGCGGGCGCAGCGAGGCGGAGGACUACCCCGGCCCCGGUGGGAUCGCCCGGCACGGCAGCCGGGACACCAUCUCCCCUGCCGCCGGCGCCACUGCUGCCGCAGCCGCCGCCAGCGAUGCUGCGGCCGGUGCCGGUGAUGCCCCGGGGCUGCGCCGGCAGGUAGAGGACCUCAACGCGCAGCUGGGGAACUACCGGCAGAUCGUGCGCGAGCUGCAGGCCCGCCAGCGCGGCCGUGACGGCGACGGAGUCGCGGCAUCGGCGGACGUCGUCAGCACGGAAGGCGUGAGCGGGCACCGCCACGGGCAGCCUAAGGCGGUGUUGCGCAGCGACUCCUGCAACGGCUCCGACUCGGCACAGGGCUCGGAGCACGACGGCGACGGCACGCCGUCCUCCGGCACGCCGAGGUCCCCCGCGGUCGUGGGCGUUGGCCCCGGGCCGAGCCGGGGGGAUCUGUCGCGUCCGGCCCAGAACGGGGGGGACCCCCUGGCGGGCCCCCGUUGCGCCGCGGACACCGACGGUGGGCAACGCGACGGCGGGGAGAGCGACGGGUCGCCAGCGUCGACCGCGGGGGCGGGCACGGCGGCGUGGAUGCGGCAGCUUUCGCGAGAGGCGGAGCGCGAGGUGACGCGGCUCAUGGGCCAGGUCGGCCGUCUGGAGGAGCAGCUGCACGACACUAAGCGGCUCAACCGGCAGCUCAAGGAGCAGCUGCGCGGCCUUCACGGCAAGAGGGACGGCAGCGGCAGCGCUGGCGAGGGCCCGCGGCUGGACUCGCUGGUGCAGGCGCAAGCGCGGGACCUAUCGGAGCUGCGCCAGCGGCUGCGCUUGAGCGCGCGGCUGUGCGGGGAGCUGCGCGAGCGCCUCUGCACGCUCACCAAGGCGCUGGAGGAGCUGCUGAGCUCGGGUGACGUGGACUACUACGCAGGCGAGGGCGUCCGUAAGCAGCUGGGGCGCACCGCCCACCUCAUGGACAAGCUGCUGUCCCGCAUCAACUUGGCAGAGGGGGUCCCUGAUGGAGGACGUGCAGAGAGCGGUGACAAAGACGAUGCCGUCAAUGGUGCGGGAUCCCUGCAGCACGAGGUAGCCAUGCUGAGGAAGCAGCUGGAGACCGAGCGGCGUCAGCUGACGAAGAAGCUGCAGGAUGCGACGCGGCGCAGCGAGGCGCAAGCAACGCACACGCACACGCGCAUAGAGAGGCUGGAGGAGGAGCUCCUGGAGCGGGACCGACUGAUCGAGGACCUUCAGCAGCAGCUGUCGUCUCCGCCUCCAUCGCCCUCGGCCUGCGACGACCGCUUCCUGCGCCCGCGUUCCGCCUCCGGGUCGGGUCGCUCGAGCCACUCGCGCUCCCGAGCCGGCUCCACGUCGGGGUCCGUGUCCGGGUCAGACGGAUCCGUUUCUGGUUCCGCCCCACGCUCGUGGAACCGCUCCUGCUCGCUGAGCUCCGAGCGCGAUUCACUGGACCGCAAGUCGCUCGCCGAGGAGGAGGAUGGCGACAGUUUCCAGGAUCACUACAACUCGGCAAGAGGGCCAGGGGAGCGUUAUUGUGACGACCAAAGGAGGGCAGCGCCGGGGGCGGUACCCGCGGCGGCGGUGGCGGCGGCAGUGCCUAGGGGUUACCAUAGCGACGCGGAGGUCCUGAACCGGGGGCCUUGCGGUUACCACGGAAAUGGGCUGCCGCACAGCCUGUCCGGGUUCGGAAGCGCCGAUGUGUCGUUCGAGCAGCGGGGUUACCAUAGCGACACGGGCCACGCAGGAUUGGCUGCUGGACAUCACGCCUCCCAUCAUGCGCUAGCUGCGCAGGCCUACGCCGUUGCCGCCACUGCUGCGGGGGCGCCGUUCGGAGCGGUGGAAGGCGCCAAGAAUCUGGCGCUCGUCGUGCACGGCGCUGAGAAUCGAGCGUUCGACGCGCACGGCUGCAAUUACGCGAACGCCCCCACCGCAGGAGCGCCUGGCCUCUUCCUGCCGUCCUUUCCUUCUCACUCUCGCGCCCUCGAGCUGUGCCGCCCCCCACCGGUGCCGGCGCCGGUGGCCGAGGGCCCCCCCCAUCGGCCGGGCCUGCCCUACACGCGGCCGCCCCCUUCGGGCCAGGGUCGCCCUCCGCUGGGCCCCCACGUGCACCCCCCGGCCCUCUGCCUCUCCGACAUCCAGCGGGAGCUCGACCUCCUGCAGAGGCAGCUGGGAGAACGCUCGGCAGAGAUGGCGCUGGCGGGGCAACACCAGCAGCAGCAGCCGCACCAGCAGCAUCACGAGCAGCAGUCGCAGCUGCACCAUCACCAGCAGCCGCAGCGCCAGCAGCCGCACCAUCACCAGCAGCGCCAGCAGCCACACGGGGCGCCGGGCUGGCAGGGCGGCGCCGCCGAAGCAUUUGCGGCGCCGGUUGCCGGCGAGACGGCACAGCCGGCGCGCGACACCGCGCUGCGGGAGCAGACGCUGCACGAGCGUCUGCGCGGAGCCGAAGAGCUCAAUGCCACGCUCAGGGCCGAGCUGGAGCUGCACCACAGCCUGCUGGGCAGCCCCGGGCAGGGGCAGCUCCAGGGGGGGCGGUCAGCACAAGGCCAGGGGCAAGGCUGGGCCCGGGAGGCGCCAUCGCCCCGGAACAUGGAGCGGCCGACGGCGCCCUCGCCCGUGUUCCCCAGCAGGAACACCGCAGAGCUGCUGGAGGAGCACCUGCGGGAGAUCCGUGCUCUGCGACACCGUCUGGAGGAGUCGAUUCUCACCAACGAGCAGCUCCGGCGCCAGCUGGAGCAGCGGCUCGCCGACUCGGAGCACGGCAACUCCACCAACAUCUACAUUCAACGCUCGGAGGAGAACCGCUGGCACCGCGAGCGUAGCGGACCCCACGACGCCGGCUCGGAGGAGGAGGCGGUACUCAAGGAGGCGCUGCUGCGCAAGACAGAGGAGCUGGAGCAGCUCGGCGCCGAGCUGGACGCGUCGCGCUCGCAGCUGGCACAGCGCCAGUCCGAGCUGGACACGGCGCGGGCGGCCGGCGAGCGGCUGCGGUGCGAGCUGGAGGAGUCGCGGGCGCGGGCGGGAGAGGAGACCCGGCGGGCGAGCGCCGAACUGGAACGGGCCGACCGGGAGCGGGCAGGAGCCAGGGCCGAGCUGGAGCGCGUGCUGGCGCAGGCGAGGGAGGCGGCGUCCGAGCUGGAGGUGGCGCGGGGGAGGCUGCGGGGUGCCGAGCGGGCGGAGGAGGAUCUGCGCGCCGAGCUGGCGGCGGAGCGGGGCGAGCGCCAGAGGGCGGAGGCAGAGAAGGGAGAGAGGGACGUGCGGGAGAGGGCGGCGCUCGCCGGCAAUCACGGCGACGACAGCAAGGAGCUGUCGUGCCAGCUGCAGGCCGCCCACGACGACAUCAACAGGCUGCAGGGUGAGGUGGGCUGGCUCAAGCAGCAGCUGGGAGAGGCACAGCAGGUGGUGACGUCGCUGAAGGUGGAGAUGAAGGUGCAGGAGCGUCUCAGCGGCACUCCUGCCGCCCGCCAUACAGACAAGAAGGCGGCGCUGAGUCGCCGGCGCUCCACGGACGCUCUUGGGCACGACGCCGGGGCGCGACCCCCAACCCCCGACGCCGUGACGUUGGCGGAGCUGCUGGCGGAGAUGCGGGCGCUGCGGAGAGAGCUGGAGCGCGGGAUCCAGGCGAACCAGGCCCUGCGGCUGCAGCUGCAAGCGCAGCUGUGGCAUGGGGAGCGGGCGGCGCCGCCGCCGCCCCCCACCAUGGCCCCCUCCCCCGCCGCGCCGGUUUCCACCAUCAACAUCAGCUACAUGUGGCCGAGGGAUCCCUCCUCCCCUGCUAGCGCCGCCGGAGAAGACGGAGGCGGAGGAGGGAGCGUGCGGGCGACCCGCGGUGGAGCGGAGGCUGCCGACGGGACCCCGGAACCCCAGGCGUUCCCCACGCCGCCCAGCUCCUCCUCGUCCCUGCGAGGACUCGACCUCUCCGAGUCGACACUCAGCAGCAUCGAGGGCGUCCGCAGCGGCAGCGGCGUGCCGCGCCUCAAGGGCGGAAAGUCCUCCACCCCGCACCCGGAGGGGAGCAAGGCAUUCUGGGAUGCGGCUGGCGGUCACGUGAUCGCGCUGGCGGGAGAUUACGACGCGCUGCGGCAGCGCGUGGCCGAGGGGCGGCUCCUGAUCCGCGGCAUGGACUCGCGCAUCCGCGACUGCCUCAACACGCUGGCGCAGCGCGUCACCGGGCGCAAGACAUCGGACGUGGCGACGGUGCGGGAGCUGCGUGGGAACGUGAGCGCCAUGCAGCAGCUGCUGGAGGAGGCGGCCGCCCUGCUGCAGCUCUUCUGGCGCGCGGCACUGCCACCCACGGCACCGACGGGGGCGCCGGCGACAAGCACGCAGGCUGGCGUGCUGAGCGACGAGGUGACGCGGCUGCGGCGCAAAUUGACGGAGCAAGAGUCGCUGCUGCAGAACACCGUGAGCCGCCUUCGCACCUCCAACCAGCGCAAGGACAGCGUGGAGCGGGCAAUCAUCAAGCAGCUGACCAGGACGCACGAGGUGCUCAAGAAGGCUCGCGGCAACUUGGAGCCCACGCAGGUGAACCCCUACCUGGCCUUGGGCCUCGGAUUCGCUCCUCUGAUGAGCUCAGCAGCACGCGCAGGCAGCCUGUCCCCCGGCUCGCUGAGCUCCGGACUCUCCAGGACGUGGGACCCCCCUCUGCAGUUCCGCAGGGAACUCGGCCCCCAGCAGCCCGGAGCUGGCGCACUCGCCCUGCCACUACUGAGCCCCGUGUCCGGCACCCAGUGACACCCUACCACCCACCACAAUACCGCUCGCCACCCAGCAUGCAGCACUCGCUCGUCUACCACUCGACCACCCAGCACCAGCGGCCCGAGCGUCGCUCACCCGCCCUGCCGCUACCAAACACCGCAUCCAGCGUCCAGCCCUCUGCCGCUCACUGCCCAAGCACCCAGCAUCACUGCACUCUGCGGCUCACCACACGUAGCCCAGCACCACCACCACCGCUACACCGCUCAACCCACGCCACCACCACUACACCACUACAUGGCUGAUCGCUCGCGGUAUUCGCGGUCCCACGCCGUUUCCUUUUGCCAAGCCCUCGGACACCAUCGCGACGUCGAACCGUUCCCGUGGCAGAGUUCGCGGCAGGUGGUGGCGGGUUUGUAGCAGGUCAUUAGAAGGUCGUGGCAGGUCAGAAGGUUGUGACAGAUUACGGGAACUCGUAGCAGGUUGUAGGCAGGGCUUCAUUUCAGCUGGGUCUGUCUGGGUCUGCUAGCCAGAAAAUAUUUCUGUGCCCGGCACACCACCUCUAGGAUUCCUUUUCUCGCUUAUGGCUGUGGCUACUGGGCAAGCGCCACCUACUAAUCCAGCCUACCAGUAGCAGCAGCAGCCUUGAAAAUAUUGUGUGAUAAAUUAAGUCCCGGUUGUAUGCGUUUGUAGCAAUUCAUACUCAUGGCAGGUUGUGGAAUGUUGUAGGUAUCUGGCAGCUCACAGGUACACGUGGCAGCUCACAGGUACACGUGGAAGGUCACAGGUACACGUGGAAGGUCACAGGUACACGUGGCAGGUCACAGGUACACGUGGCAGGUCACAGACGGUGGCAGGACGGUGAGACGGUGCCCUUGGCAGCUUCUCCGUCAUUGGUAGAGAGGGAAGUGAGAUGGUCCAGGGUUGUGUUGGGGGGCUCCCAACAGGGCCGGGUUGUGGGAGGCAGGGGGUAGGCCCAGCAUGGCUGGCUAUCCCCCAUUGGUCCAGUGUGGCCAACUCAGACACCAGAACCCAAAUUAUAAUAAAUUCCAACACCUCGAUUAUCAUUUUUAAGACUUGGUUGCCGAUCAGAGGCCCCAAGGCCCAAAACGUCAAACAGCCAGUAACAAACAGCACAAGUGAGUUGUAAUAGAUAAGAGUGAACAAGUUCCUCGAAUUGAGCAAGUUUAUUAUUAUUAUCAGAGCUUGGUGGAAAAUGACAAUGGGAGGAGGGAAGGCCUGAGCCUUAAGAAUCAUGUUCCGUAGCGUCCUGGCUGUAGAGGCAGGUUUGUAAAACAAACAAUUGAGACGGAUGUGAUGUCGUGUGGCCGCUGACCACUGGUAACUGAUCUUCCUCUUUGGCCCUCGGCACAGAAGAGGUUUCUCACCCCUGGCUCUCCUGACGAGGUGCGUUGUAGCAUACUUUGUGUCGCGCCGUCACAAGGUACGGAGAGGGAGGAGGUCAGCCUCUGGGUCAGGGUUCAGGUUGGGGUGACCCGCCCACGUGGAUCAGCGGUAGAGCGAGCGCCUCGGACUCAAUUGGAAGGGCACGAGUUCAAAUCCUAGUUGGGGAGCGGGGGUGUUGACACGGUUCAUCAUCCCUCUCUGGGGUCGAUAAAAGAAGUACCGCAUUGUGUGGAAGCUCAACAGUGAUUGUCCUAUGAGUAGACUCGCCCCCACCAAAGGAAUGUGGAGUUUUCCCCGCUGGCAAGAGCAGUCUGUAGACGGGAGAUGAGCCUGGGGUCUGAGUGGGGGCCGCCAUCUGUCGCGACGGCCAGACGGGCGACGCGUCCAGCGCGGCCGUGAUCCUCGCCAUGGGCCGCGGGAAGGGAGGAGACAUUGUGAUCCGUGUUGACGAUGUUAAUGAUUUAUGCCAGAGGCUGCUGCGCGAUAAUGUUUGGUCGGUUCCUGGCAGACGAUCGCGCUGAGACGGUGAGAAUGAAUGGAAUGGGUACGAGCGGGAGGGGUAUCCGAGGUCUUGGCACAACGCAGCUACAGCGCUGACCCUACGUCAGGCAUCUCCACUCGCUAACCACGCCAGCCAGCCAGACCCAUAGUACUGGCCAUAACACUAACCAGUACUGACUACUCGCUAACCACGCCAGCCAUAUCCCAGUACAGGCCCUAACAAACUGGGACCGACUACUCGCUAACCACGCCAGCCAGACCCCAGUACUGGCCGUAACCCUAACCAGAAACUAACUAGAUACUAACCACACUGGCCAGCCAGAUGCUAAUACUAGCUCUAACCCUAAGUCUAAAUGUAUCCCUAACCUAGUCACACUAGCCAGCUACACUCCAGUACUGGCCCUAACUCUAACCAGACUGACCAUAGUAACUAACUAGAUUGUAAUUCUGACUUUACCUAGUAACCACACCAGCCAGCCAGGUCAUAACCAAACCAACCAACACUUUAAAUCCCUUACAGUCUGAAGCCUUCAGUCUCAUCUCUCCAUUAUCGCAUCACGACUGCAAUGACGUUUAAAGUGCCCUUCCAUGAAAGCGCGACACCGAGCUCGUUAUUGAGAUUUCUAGAACCUCUGUGGAACGGGACAAGGUAACACACGCGCUGAGCGCGUCCGGGUUUGGUCGUGCCUUGAGGGUGAUGUUGAUGCUGGGACGUUCAGCAGUGACAGAGUUCGUAUGUUGGGAUGUCUCGCAGUGUGUUGGGCCGUUCGGCAGUGAAGGGGUUAACCCUUCAGCUGCCGCCACCGUAAGUGCCGCGAGCUUUGCCGUUCAUCUGCCUUUAAGUCCGCGAGUUCCGCCUUACCUGCGCCCCCUGGAGGUCCCUCCUGGAGGAGGAGCCCACCUCGCCACCCGCCUCCCCGCAGGUGAUCGACAAGAGGCAGCAGGUGCCCGAGUGUUACCUGUGCACAGGCGUACACACUCGCACACGGGUUCAGUAUGAAUACUGAUAUGAUGGUUACCUCUGCACGGGCACUUGAAUGGGCUGUACAGAUGUUGGGCGGCACUCUCGCCCUAUGUGCGCUAUGUGUAUGUAUAUAGAACGAUUCGUCGUCGAGACUGAGCGGUUGGCACGUAUGUACAUAUGGGAAUUGCCAGUGGGAUUGGUCGGGCUGCCGAGCACGUGGCCGCGUCAUUGAGCAGUCACUGCUGAAGUUCGCACCCCUUGUGAGCGGUGGUCCGUGCGGUGGGGGGUGGCUAGGGGUAAGCUGCGUGUCGCUGUGAAGUAACGCCGGCGCGAACGCUGACCCUCGCCACGUUCUAGGCAUGACCCCUUGCUGUCACCACACUCUAGCCAGCCAGAACCUAGCCUCUAUCCAUAACCACAGUCGCCCGGCCAGACACCGAGCGAAAACCAAGGGAUUCAUUUCUCACUGGAAAAUUUUGCGGAACGCUGUUUGGCUCGCUUGUUGUUGGUAGCAUGCGGCACGACCACUAAGAGUACAAUGUACGCUUAUACAUUGUAAUAAUACAGGAUUUCGGCAUAUAUUGUGAUCCUAUGCUCAGAAUAAGUAAGAUGAGAUGGAUAUGGCUACCAAAAAAUCCCCCCCGAAGGGACCCCCGCGUGUAGCUUAAUCUCAAAAACCCGAGGUGCGUGACACGGACCUCCCCCAUCCCAAUCGGAGCCGUCUUCAAGCAGCCUCGAUCAUGCCCGCAGACCUAAAAUUGUAUUGACGUAUACUGUAUAAAGUUACAGUAUUAUAUACUGUACGUAUCAGGUUUGACACGGCGUGGCGAGACGACGCCCCCCCGAUCCGGAGGCUGGGUCUCGCGUGCGGUCAGCCCCGAGUUGGGGCCACGGGAAACAGCCCCGGGUCCCCGAUCGCAUGCGCUUUGCCCAGUUGCCCCACGAGUCCCCUCGCCCCCCCCCCCCCCUCCAGUGUUAAUAAAACGAGGAGCGCUCCCAA